AUGGAUAGAGAACAGGGAGAGCUCCAGUUUCUUGGGUUCUUUGGCAUCUUCAAAGAAUCCUUCAAGAUCAUCUUGACUUGGAGAAAAAUCUUCAGCCAAAUAACUCUAGUUCUCAUCCUUCCACUCUCCUUUAUCUUCCUAGCUCAUAUGCAAAUCUCCCAGCUAAUUUUCUUCAAGAUCCUUGUCCAUCAGGAUACCUUAGAAAUGACCCAAGUUGGCACACCUAAAUAUGACAAACUGUCUGACAUCAUCUCCUCGGAAUGGACUGCCUUUUGGCUCUUCAAAAUUGCCUACUUCACUUUCCUUCUAAUCUUGUCCCUUCUUUCCACAUCUGCAGUUGUUUACACCAUAGCUUGCAUAUACACUGCCAAGCCAAUCACCUUCAAGAAGGUCAUGAGUGUGGUGCCAAAGGUUUGGAAGAGACUCGUGGUCACUUUUUUAUGGAGUUAUGCUGUUGUUGUGGUCUAUAACAUCAUUGCUGCUGUGUUAUUUAUAACCCUUUGGACUCAAGCUGUUUACCAUGUACCUGCACUUGGCUUUAAAAUUGCGAUUCUUGUCGUUCUUAUUAUCAUAUAUUCUGUGGGGAUGUUGUAUAUCACCAUGGUAUGGCAUCUGGCUAGUGUGGUUUCUGUUUUAGAAGAUUUUUAUGGGAUUAAAGCCAUGAUCAAGAGCAAAAACUUAAUGAAGGGCAAUAUGAGAGUUGCAGCUGCUGUUUUUGUUGUGGUUGGAGUUUGUUUCGUGGGAAUUCAAUUCCUAUAUGAGUUUUUUGUGGUUUUGAAGUGUCCAUUGGGAGUCAGAAUUGGAAUGGGAAUAGUUUGCUACUUAAUGCUGUGUAAGGUGAUGCUCUUUGUCCUUGUCGUCCAAACAGUUCUUUACUUCGUCUGCAAGUCCUAUCACCAUGAGAAUAUCGACAAGUCCUCCUUAGCGGAUCAUCUGGAGGAUUAUCUUGGAGAAUAUGUUCGUCUCAAGUCCAAGGAUGUCCAAAUGGAGCAACUUGAAGUCUAA